AUGACUGGUCAAACUGAUUUGUUUAAUAAGGAUAAUGAAUUUUCAGUGAAUAAUGGUAACAGAAGACAAAGAAGAACCAAUAAAAAUGACAAACUACGAUUAAGUUAUGAAUCAGAUUCAAGUGAUGACCAAGGAGCAAAUUCUGAUGAUGAAAACAACAACAAGAUACAACAGAAAGAAGAUGUAUUUGGAGAUGAUAACGAAAACGACAUGUUUGAUAGUGAUAGAGAAAAUGAUAUGUUUUCUGAUGACAAUGACAAUGGCAAUGACAAUGGCAAUGAUGAAGAUGAUAUGUUUGCUAGUGAUAAUGAAGAAUCAGCAUCUUCUGAGAAGAACAAUAAUAACGACAAUGAUGACGAUGAGAUAAAAGAAACAGAUGAAUCAGUUAACAACUAUUACAAUAACAUUGAGGAUUUAAAUUUUGAUUUGUUUAAAAACAAAAAAGAACCCAAAAUUGAAGCUUUUAACUUAAAAGAAGAAACCAAUUCUGGGAAAUUUGAUGAUGAAGGGAAUUAUAUACCUGAUGAACAAGAAGAAGAUUCACAAUCAUCGGAUAAUGAUAUAUGGCUUGAUAAUUAUAAUACAUCAGAUAUAAAUAAAGCUAAACAGGCCCAAGCUAUACGAGAAAAACGACAGAGAGAUAAAGAAAAAGAAAAGGAUCAUAAUGUUGAACCUUUAGAAAUUUUGCUUUCUGAUUUGAUACUGUUAUUGGAACCAGCUGAAUCUCCUCUUGAGGCAUUGGCAAGAUUAAAUCCCAAAAAACUGAAAAAGAACAGUAAAACUGUGCAUAAUAAUUCAGAUGAAUCAAUUAAUAGAAUCACUAAUGUGUGUUCAUCCUUAAUUAAUGACAAACAAAUCGAUGAUAUAUACGACUUGACAAGAGAAGAAUUGAUGAGGAAAUUCCAAGCAACGACAGGACGUCCUUAUAAUGUUGAACGAGGGCUUAAACGAUCUAGAGAAGAAUGUGAUGAUGACAAUUCUGAGAUUGAAAACAUUGAUUAUGGUGAAAAAAUAUGGGAAUUUAGAUGGAUUGGAGAUGAAGAUAUAUUAAAUGGCCCAUAUUCCAAUUAUGAAAUGGAUCAUUGGAAAAAGACUUAUUUUGAAAAUAAAGUAGAGGUACGAAAAGUUGGUGAAACAGAAUUUAAAAAUGUUGAAUAUAUUGAUUUUACAUAA